AUGUCGGACCUUCUUCCCCUCUGCGAGAGCUCCUUCCGCGCGUUAGAAGACGCCUACGAAAAGCAAUGGCGGCAAGCGCGGCUCCUUCACCAACUGCCGCCAAACUCUGACUCUUCCGAGUCUGUGGAGCGCGUUUUGCACUCCGCCGGCGUGGCGGCUACAGAAAUGCAGCGACUGUGCGCCGAGACACGGCGGCUGCAUCAGCGAUUCCACCAAAUAGAAGCCAACGCGGCGCCGCCGUUCAGCGAGGACGAGCGCGCUCGUCUGUCACGGCUUGGCUUCGAUGUGUCACAACUCGUAACCGCACCGGUCUCGUGCCACGACGCCUCUGCUGCGGUGGCGCAGCGUAUCCACACGCCGACGAACGCGCCUUUUCAGGUGAAGGACGACGCCGAGGUGGCUGAGCUGCGAUGGGAGAACGCGCAGCUGCUCACCUCUCUGGCGUGGUACAGGUUUCGCGACGAGGCCGCCGCGGCGCCGCGUGCUGUCGACGGUGGAGUAGCACCGCACACCCGCGAUCACGACAAGUCUUUCUCCUCUGCCUCUUCCGCUGAGCUGCUCCGGCUCUUCAACGCUAUGAAGGCGCGCUGUGCGUUGUUGUGCAGUUCGCAACGCGAACGUGCUCCACCGCCACCUUCACGAGAGACCCAACGCGCUGUGGACGUGGCCGUUGAGGAGCUGCUGCGACUGCAUAACUUUCCUUCGCAGGUGUGCGUGCGGCGAAUCGCGUCUACACCGCUUUACAUGUUGGACCGUCCUGUCUGCAUCGCCUUCGCCUCGCCGCAUAGCAGCAUACUGGUGGUGCAGGAUCCUGAGGGGGUGGAAGAGGACAGCGACCUGCGAGCCUACCUCAUGAACCUGUAUAAACCAUUGCUUCGUGCGUUGAACUGGCGGCCUCCGUCAACGACGGAUACCACCGUUACCGCCACAGGACUGGCGGUAUCGUCUGAAAAUUGUAGAUCUCCACUCCCUUCUUUAGAUACUUCGCAAACGAUAUGUCCUGCGCUCAAUAUCGGAACGGCCGUGGGAGACGUAAACCGUGGGCUGUUCGCUCUUUGCCCCUCUCAAGAAGAAUUCCCUCGUUCAGUCGCGCUGGCCUUACCGCAACGACUAGAAGCGCCAGCGACGGUGAAGGCGUCGGAUGCCGCUCUUCAUGAAGCGCCGCGCAGGUCUUCGUCUGCGCUCUCGCUGAUGACGUACGAGGAGCUCGUGGCUCUGAAGCGUGCGGCACUGCAGCGACUUGACCGCAUCCGCGACACCGUUGCCAUGUAG